GUCAGGGUGCGGGGCUGAGCGGUAUCAUUUAAUUAAUGACUCAAGGAGGGAAAGAUGGCCGCUGGGUAAAAGCUAAUAUUCUGCUGUCACACCAUUCUGAUUUUUGCCUUCAAAUUCUGAGGUUCAGGUGGGGAGCUGUGCCCUACUUAUGAACAUGGUGAGGUAAUUUGGGAUUUACAUGUCCUUUAAUUCCAUAAAUAGACUCAUUUAGACCCACAACACUAUUGGGGUGAUUUAUGGCAAACUGGGGAAAGAAGUUCAGAGCAGUAAGUUGUAUAAGUUGAGUGUGAGAGCUUGUUUCUUAGUGCUCAUUCAGAAAGCAAUUCUUCCUUCCUUCGAUUUGCACCUCACAACAUAUAAACAAAAGGUAUUUUGUCCUAAUAAAAAAAAUGCAUUUUGUGGCUUCCCAUUUGAUGAUAGGGCUCAAAAAUGUUGCCAAAAGAGGAGGAAUUUUCUGUUCUUCUGGCUAAAAAAGAACAAGAAUGGAGAGAACUUCAGCAGCUACAGGUUCAGUUUUUGGAGAUGACUCUGGAAGAUACAAAAAAGGAACUUCAAGAACAAAGAGAGAAAUUUGCUUCUCUGAAGAAGGACUUCACCCACAAUCUCAAGGUGUUGGGAGAGAGGGACCAAGAGCUUGAACAGUUUGAAAUGAUGUUCAGUCAACUUAAAGUAGUUGAGAGUGAAAAGCAGGCCAGAAUCAGUGACUUACGUGUGCAGAUUGAGAAACUCCAGCAGCAGAUCCAAAAAGAAAAGAAAAAAGUAGAAGACUUACAAAGUCACUAUCAGAAAAAACUCAAAGAACAACAUCUGCAUUUAGAGAGCGUUCGCAGCUCUAAAAACGCCGAAAUUGAUCACUGUCGAGAGGGGUAUGAGAAAGUCAAAUGCCAACUGGAGAGGAAAAUUGUGGACGUGCAAAGUGAUCUGGAUUUACAAAAACAGGAGUUGAUGCUGGAAUUUAAUACCGAAAUGAAAAAGCGGGAGCAUGAGUUUCGCUUACAGCUGGAUGAAAUGAGUACAGUGGUUCUGUCCCAUGAACUUAAGGUGAAGUUACUGACAAAAGAAUUAUCUAUACUGCGGGAAAAAGAACUACAACUAUUGGAAUCUCUCCAGCAAGCUGAGUUAGCCAGUGAGAAACUUCAGGAGGCUCUGAACCAGAAAGAAUGGGAAUUAAAGAAUUUAUCAGCUGUAAAAGAUGCCCGAAUAAAAGAGUUAGAAGAUAAACUUCAAGACCUGCAGCUUCGACAGAAGAAAGAAGAAGAAACUUUUCAAAGAAAAUAUGAGCGGUUGGAUCACUUUGCACGAGAGAAGGAGUCAUCUCUGAUAUCCAUGAAGGAGGCACAUGUGGAACAAGUGCAGCACCUUGAGAAACAAAUAAAGGAGCUGCAUAUGUGUACAGAAACCUUACAGAUGGAGAAUCGCCGGGCACAAAGUACUCAACAAGAGCUCCUGCUAGAGAAAGAAGCAAUGAUUGAAAAACUAAAGCAAGAAGUUGACACAGUGAAGAAUGGCUGGGAUUCUUACAUCACCCAGAUAUCAAAAGAAUCUGUUACGAAGGACCUACAGAUUCAGGCCCUAAAAGAGGAUGAGGAAAAACUGAAAGCUCAGAUAACAAGAUGCCAAAAGGACAUAGAAAAGUACCAGCAGCAGUUGGUAAAUGCAGUGGAGAUAGAGCGCAACUUGGAAGAGGCAAGAGUACAGGCUGAGUUGGACUGGCAGAAACGCUGUGAGCUAGUGGAAAAAACACAGUAUCAACACUCUGAGGAACUGAUCGAAAGCCUUAUUAAAGCCAAAGACCAGGCAGUCGCUGAACUUAAAGAGAAAGAACGUAAAAUGAAUAAGCUGGAACUGCUGGUGUCCACUUUAUCAUGGGAGAGGGACAAGGCUGUAAACUUCCUGAAGAACUAUGGAGCAAAGCUGGACAUGGGAGAGAAGGUGUACCUUGUUGAAGCUGUACAGGAGUUCCAGAAACAGUAUCCUUCUGAUAAGAUACAGAAAUUGCAGGAACAAAAUGCUGAGUUGAAGAAUGUGAUUGGCCAGAUGAGGAAAGAGAUGGAGUCUGCAUCUGAACAGAUUAUGCCUCCAGCCCAUGAUACACCAGGAGCUUCUGGCACUAACAAAUCGGGUGCUGUAUUCACACCAGACUAUGUUCAGUCUCUUGAAGAUGAAAUCAGAACCCUAAAGCAGAAGAUCAGGAUUAUAGAAGAAAGGUUACAGGAUGAAUCGGGUCUCAAGGAAGACAUGGAUGUGCCGGUACCAGCACCAGCAGUUCUUUCUGAGAAUGCAGAAACACAGUACUACAAAACCACUGGACCCUUGAGAGCUGACAAAGUGGCUUCUGUUGAAACUACAAAGAGACUGGAUGCAGAAGCUGCUCAUUUGGACUCCAUGGUUUCACAGCUCACACAGAAAAAUGCCACAAUAGAACAGCUUUCUAAGGAAAUUCAGACUCUUCAACAUCAGCUAAGUUGUAAAAUGCCAGAGGAUGUUUGCCCAGAAACCCAUGUUUACAUGCUUAAUAACAAACUGGGAGAAGCUGCAAUGAAAAUUUCUCAGCUCAGCCUAGAGAAACAGCAGCUGAUUGAUAUGGGGAACAGACUACGAGCAGAACUUGCAUCUAUUGAAGUCCAUAAGCCUGAUGUUACUGUCCAGUCAGCUUCCAACACACAAGUGAAUAGAGUGCAAAAUCACCUCUCAGCCCUGGAAAAUCUUCAGUACAACCUAACAUCCCAGGAACUUCAGUUUGCCCAGUACCAGAAAACCUCGAGCUUGCAUUUAAAAGAGAGCAACACUUUAAGAGCCAAGAAGGACAAAGACAAAAAUAAUAUUUCAGAAUUUCUCACAGAGCAGCCAUAUCAUACUGUCACAAAGUCUGGGAGUAAUGAGAACAAAUAUCUUCUGGAACAUCAGGUGAACAUUGCUCCAUCUCCCGUCCCAUCAUCAUCCUUAGCAGAGGAAGACUCCUCCCUGCAGAAUGUUUGGAAACUUCUAAAUAUUGGAUCAAGCCUGUCUUUAAUCAGUUCUCAGGAAGACAACAAGCAAGUUACAUCUGCAGGGAGAAAAUUGGAGCAAAGAAAAUUGAAUAAAGAAGAUCUGUCUACAGACCCUGUAUCACUCAAACGGCAAAAAGAGAUAACCAUCAAAUCAGCAGCAGCCAAGCACAAGAUCAGAGGUUCCCAAAAUACCCCAAAAAUACGAAACUACAGUGUCAAGGACUGAUUUAAUGUAUAUCAAUGUAUUUUUUUUUUUGUUCACACAAUGCAAUCCACCAAAACUAGUUUUUUUUAAAAAAAUCAUCCUUGUCAUAUAUGCAGUGAUGUAUAAUGUAUGCCAUCUGAUUUUAAUUUGUGCUAAAAAAAGGAAACAUAAGGAAACAGGAAACAUAAAAUGCAGUUACCUGUCAGGCCCA